CCGUCACCACCGAUAUCAAACGUACGCUAAACGUGUUUUCUUCAGCGCAGUUACUUGAGGAAUUGAGCGGGAGUGUAGUUGUGCAAAUCCAUUUCCAUCGAUCCGAAGAUUUGUCUAUUUGGCAGAAAGUUUUGCUAGGCUUGAGAGCAAGAUGUCGAUUGGUGUUCCUAUCAAGGUUUUGCACGAAGCAGAGGGUCACAUUGUAACUUGUGAGACAAAUACCGGGGAGGUGUACCGGGGCAAGUUAGUUGAAGCCGAAGACAACAUGAACUGCCAAAUGACAAACAUCACAGUAACGUACAGAGACGGGCGGGUUGCUCAGCUAGAACAUGUCUUUAUCCGAGGGAGCAAAAUCAGAUUUCUUAUACUGCCAGACAUGUUGAAGAAUGCACCGAUGUUCAAGAAAGCUGGAAACAAGGGAAGCACAGUAGGAAGAGGGAAAUCGGCUAUUCUACGUGCGCAAGCGGCAGCAAAGGGCAGAGGUCGGGGUAAUGAAGGAGGCAGAGGUCGUGGCAACGUCUUCCAACGGAGAAAGUGAAAAUGAACAGACUCUGCCUAGCUGAUGCUGUAAAUAGUGUAUUUGAUACCUACCUGCGUACAUCCGAGCCUAGAGCCUCAGAGAUACAGUACUGCUGGAAUAUUGGUGAUCAACGCAUCCUUGGAAACCCCCUGGAGUGAAGAGCAGGUUCUGCGGUUCACCUGGCAGUGUACAGUGUCAUUGAAUGCAGCGAGUUGGACUUACGGAGAGUAAACAUUCCUUGAAAUUUAUCGUGGGCUGCCUUGGAAACAAAUAAACAUAAAAAUGCACUUACCUUGAGCCUUGCAUAGAUGCUCAAAAAUAUAUUGGAAGUUGCUUCAACCCUAACCCUAAUCAUCUCCAACCACAUGGAAUUAAACAGCAGUAAAGUGUUUAAUUCUGUGGGGAUAGGCCCGGUAGGCCCAUAACAGCUGGCUUUUGCAUUGGGUUUGGCAUACC